UGAUCCGCCGGAGGCCUUGUACUUAAUUAAAAUGAAGAGCCGGGCGUAGCCGAGCCCAGAGAACACUGUUGCUCUUAGAGGGCCAGAGGAGUCCCAGGUCUGACCUGGACUGCCUGGGUCUGUGAGAGUUCAGCAUGGAACAUCUCUACUGUUUCCUGGGAUUUCUGCUUCUGGCUACAAGAUUGCCACUUGAUGCCGCCAAAAGAUUUCAUGAUGUGCUGGGCAAUGAAAGACCUCCUGGUUCUAUGAGGGAGCAAAAUCAAUUAAAUGGCUGGUCUUCUGAUGAAAAUGAAUGGAAUGAAAAACUCUACCCAGUGUGGAAGAGGGGAGACAUGAGGUGGAGAAACUCCUGGAAAGGUGGCCGUGUGCAGGCUGUCCUGACCAGCGACUCACCAGCACUGGUGGGCUCAAAUAUCACGUUUGUGGUGAACUUGGUAUUCCCCAGAUGCCAAAAAGAAGAUGCAGAUGGCAAUAUAGUCUUUGAGAAGAACUGCAGAAAUGACACUGCUUUGCCUGCUGACUCGUACAUUUACAACUGGACGGCCUGGUCCGAGGACAGUGACUGGAGAAACAGCUCCAACCAGACCCACCAUAACAUGUUCCCUGACGGGAGGCCUUUUCCUCACCACCCUGGAUGGAAGAGAGGGAAUUUUGUCUAUGUCUUCCACACACUCGGUCAUUAUUUCCAGAAAUUGGGACGAUGUUCUGUGAGAGCUUCUUUAAACACAGCCAAUGUGACACUUGGCCCUCAAGUGAUGGAAGUGACUGUCUAUAGAAGACAUGGACGGGCUUAUGUUCCCAUCGCACAAGUUAAAGACGUGUACGUGGUAACAGAUCAGAUUCCUGUAUUUGUGACUAUGUCCCAGAAGAACAAUCGAAAUUCAUCUGAUGAAACCUUUCUCAGAGACCUUCCCAUUGUGUUCAAUGUCCUGAUUCAUGACCCCAGCCACUUCCUCAACGAGUCUGCCAUUUCCUAUAAGUGGAACUUCGGAGAUAAUACCGGUCUGUUUGUUUCCAAAGAUCACACUUUGAAUCACACAUAUGUGCUCAAUGGAACCUUCAACUUUAACCUCACUGUGCAAGCUACAGUGCCUGGACCUUGUCCUCCACCAUCACCCACACCUCCAAAACCCACCUCUUCUUUAGUUCCUGCUGGAGACAGCCCCCCGGAGCAGAGCAAGACUUCUGAUGGAACCUGCCAGAUUAACAGAUAUGGGUAUUUCAGAGCCAUCAUCACAAUUGUAGAGGGAAUCCUAGAGGUUAACAUCAUCCAGAUGACAGACGUGCCACAGCCUGACGGCUCCCUGAUGGACUUUGUUGUGACCUGCCAGGGGACCACUCCCACCGAGGUCUGUACCGUCAUUUCUGACCCCACCUGCCAGAUGGCUCAGGACGCAGUCUGUGACCCUGUGGCCGUGGAUGGUACGUGCCUGCUGACUGUGAGGAGAGCCUUCAACGGGUCUGGGAUGUACUGUGUGAACCUCACUCUGGGGGAUGAUGCAAGCCUGGCCCUCACAAGCACCCUGAUCUCUGUCCCUGGAAGAGACUCAGCCUCCCCUUCAAGAAUGGUAAAUGGUGCCCUGAUCUCCAUGGGCUGCUUGGCCUUAUUUGUCACUGUGAUCACCCUUCUGGUAUACAAAAGACACAAGGAAUACAAACCAAUAGAAAACAGUACUGGAAAUGUGGCCAAAGGCAAAGGCCUGAAUGUUUUCCUCAUCCACGCAAAAGCCAUGUUCUUCCCUGGAAACCAGGAGAAGGAUCCACUGCUCAAGAACCAACCUGGAAUACUUUAAGUUUCAACUCCGUCUUCAGUGCCAUUCUGUGAGCCGUGCUGGAGUGGAUAACUAUUAUCUUUUUGUUCUCCCUAAGGAUUAUUGUACAAUAUUUGUUGUGGUUUAGGGAAGCUGAAUUUUUUUUUAUAGGUUAAAUGACAUUUUAGAGAAGUAGAGCAAAAUUAUUCUGCAUGCAGCCUCAGCCACGUUGUCUAACUGAUAAGACAACUCAGUGGUGCUUCCUCUCAUUAUUCGUUGUGGUUCACUUAGAGUGCUUUAGGUAACUAGUAGGAUAGACAUUUUGCGUCCCAAGAGUAUGGGAAGAAGCUACUAUUUGUGAGUCUGACCCAGGCAAACUGGAAGGAGAGGGCACCUUUCAGCUUUCCAGAUUACCAAGUAGAUAGCACUAAUGCAGUCUUGUCCUUAGGACAAGCUACCUGAAUUUUCGGUGAACACGUGUGAGUUCCAGAAAGGACAAUAGCAGUCCCAGUAUUUUAGUAGGAUAGAUGUGCUCUUUACAUGCAGAAAAAAUAUAUAUUAACCUAAUAAAUAGGUGUGCAUAUUUUCGGGACAACCUGCUGAGUGAAGGAAUGGUAGUCAUUCAUUAGUUUUUCUAUGGACAUUUAUUUAGUGCUCUCUGUGUCCCAGGCAUGGUGCUAGGAACAUGGCCCCUGUGUUCAGAGAGUCGACACUCUUAUGUAUAUAUCUGAAUUUCUGUAUACUCUGGUGUACAUAUUUGAAAUCACUCAUUAUAGUUUUCUAAAGGAGGCCCCAGGUUUCCUACCAGUUUCUCUAUUUAAAUGCUAUGAAAACUUGAUCAAUAAGGAUUUUACCUCCAUUUGUAACCCAAACCAUCUACCAUAUGUUAGACGUGGCAUUCUUUUUCUCUCCUUUCUGAAAAAUAAAGUGUGGGAAGAGGUGA